AUGUCUCAAAUGCCUACGCAAAAUGAGCAGACAACACAAGGGAACCCAGGUGUCACUACCAAAUAUCAACCUGGAAAAUUGAUCUCUGUUGGUACACAUCAAAUUGAAAUUAUAAACUAUAUCGCUGAAGGUGGAUUUGCCCAAAUAUACUCAGUUAAAUUUGUUGAAUACUUAAAUGAAUUUGCUAAUGAUAAUGAGGAUCCAACAGCAUUAAAACCAGGUGAUAUCGCAUGUUUGAAGAGAGUCAUUGUUCAUGACGAAAAUGGAUUAAAUGAAUUACGAAAUGAAGUAGAUGUUAUGAAGAAAUUAAAAGGAGCACCAAAUAUUAUUCAGUACUAUGACUCAAAUGCCUCAAGAUUACAUAAUAAUUCAACUGGAUUUGAAAUAUUGUUACUAAUGGAAUUAUGUCCGAAUGGCUCUUUAUUAGAUUAUAUGAAUCAAAGAUUAGCAACAAAAUUGUCAGAAAAGGAAGUAGUAAAAAUAAUGUAUGAUAUAACUUUAGCAUUGAGUAAUAUGCAUUAUUUGAUAGAACCCUUAUUGCAUAGGGAUAUUAAAAUUGAAAAUGUUUUAGUGGAUUCCGAUAAUAAUUUUAAACUAUGUGAUUUUGGUUCAACAUCCAAGACAUUUCAAAUAGUAACAACACACCAGGAUAUUGCAAUGUUAACACAAGAUAUUUAUGUUCAUACCACCCCACAAUAUAGGUCACCAGAAAUGAUAGAUCUAUAUAGGUAUUUACCAGUAAAUGAGAAAUCUGAUAUAUGGGCACUUGGUGUACUGUUAUAUAAACUUCUGUUUUUUACUACCCCUUUCGAAAUGACAGGUCAAUUUGCAAUAUUACAUUCCAAAUAUGAGAUACCUCAAAAUAAAUUUUGUUCAAAAUUAAAUAAUCUUAUUAUUAUUAUGCUUGCAGAAAACCCAAAUUUAAGACCAAAUAUUUACCAGGUUUUAUAUCAAAUUUGUUCGAUUAUGGGUGUUUCGGUUCCUAUUAAGGAUAAAUACGAAGCCGGGCCAUACAAUUUUGAAAAUUAUACGCAUUUCCAAAGUAAAAUACAAAAUAUUCAAUUUCAAAUGUUUGAACUUGAAAAGAAAAGGACUCAAAAUUCUGGAAAGUUAGGAAAUCCUGAGAACAAGCUUCUGAAUGAAAUGUUUAUUAGUUUAUUUGAUAUGGCUUCGAAGAUCGCUUUGCCAGAUCAGAAUGUACCAUCACCUACAAUCACCCAACUUAACAAUUCCAUUCCGACAGAAAAUAAAAAUAGUUCGUCUGAUCAAUUAACCUCACCCACUCCAGAUUCCGUUGGUAAAAACUCUUCACAUUCUCAAGACAUUAAUUCUCCUGAUGAUUCAAACACUAAGGGGGCAAAUAUUUCUAAUGACUCCCAUGGAACUAAUGGAUUGCAAAGUAGAUUAAAAGAAAUGGAUUUGAAAGACGGUAUUUCCUAUUAUCCAAGUGUAGGUGAAUUGAAUCAGUAUAUUGAUAAGGAAAUGAAUCAAGCCAAUAAUGGCAAAUCUGAAGAUAUAGCAAAUAUUAGGUUCCCAGAUAUUAACCAGAAUCCAAUUGUUGUUAGUCCAGAAAUAUUAGAUGCAAAGACGUCGGCAAGUUCUAACAAAUUGUUUAAACCAGUCCCUCAGGAUUCGUUAGUCAAGGAGGCUAUGAUUCAAUCUGAGAAUACAACUAAUACUUUUAAUCAACAUAAGUCAACAAAUCCGUUUCCAGCAAUUUCUGAUAAUUUUCAAUCUCAACAAAUGAAUACUACUCAAUAUCCAAAUAUCUCUAAUUCAACCCCAAUCAAUAAUCAACAACAACCUCAAAGUUAUCCACGUAUUCAAACACCAGUAGAAAAUGGUAAUUAUACCAAUAGUCCCGAAAAUAUAGAGAAUUACGUAAUUCAACGAGGCCAACUGCCACACCGAAAACCUAGUACAAACGUUCCAUUUAAUACUAAUGAACAAUCUAUGAUGAACACCUCGUUUAUACCUUCUGAAUCACCAAACACAGGAAACCUGGAAUAUGCUCGUUCUAAUAAUCCAGCAUUGUAUCAAAGGACUUAUAAUCAAAUAAGUAGUCCAGUAGGUGAAAUCAUCACGCAGAUUUCUCCAUCAGCAACCCAUAACCAGAAAAGGGACCAAAAGCCCACAACAACUUCACAAACAAAUAAUCCAAAAAACCAAAUAACUCAAAAUCCCCAAGGUUUAUCUAAAGAAGAUUUUCAGAAGUAUCAAACAACACCUGCUCAACCUUCAAGGGAUAGUGUAUAUGACGAAUUAACACCUCCGAAGAUUCCUCCUCACCCAAGAAAGAAAAAAGAAGAGGAUAUGCCAUCCUCGAACGUUGGGAAUCUUAGAGAUCCAAAGACAGGAAAAUUUAAAAUUGAACAAGUAGGUGUAGACGUGGGAACAAGGCACCCCCACCACCAUUCACAACAUGGGCGAUCACGUCGAAGUUCUGGACAUGACAACUCUGGGGUUAGACGUACAGCAAGUAUGAACAACAAACCCAACGUACUACUAGAGAGGCCAACGACAGAGAGUAUUGACAUUGAUCUAGACAAGAUAAAGAGAAAAUCUUUGGACAUAAAAAUGCAUAAAAUGGGAUUCAGCUCUGAUUUAAAGGACCAAAGUAUUCACGAGAAUGAAGUUGUUGGUAAUCACAGCAGUGGAAGAUCAGAACUUGAUACGCAGAGACUUAGCAAACGGAACGUCAGUAACGGUAACAUACCCGUGGCAGCAAGUAACACAGAAGAGAUCAAGAAAUCCAUAACCAGAGCUAGACAGUCGUUAGAUCUUGACCGAGCUCGUAGAGAGGUUAUGAUGAAUAACGAUAACAAUAAGAGACGGUCUUUGUUCUCAAUGUUUCGUCAAGACAAGAAAUUAUAG